AUGGCAUCUCCCACGCCCGUCAAGAUUCUACUCGGAACGCAUACUAUCGGAGAUAAUGCUCUACUUCCCGGAAUUUGCCAUUUCGAUAACGAGAAUGAUGUCAAGACCCUUUUGGAUGCCUUCUAUGAGCGCGGCUACCGGGAUAUCGACACUGCAGCAAACUAUCUUGGGUCAGAGGCACGCCUCGGAAUUGCUGGGGCACCCUCGCGAUUCACUAUUCAUUCCAAGAUCAAGUUUGCCCAGCCUGGAGACCACGAGGCUGCGAAAGUCGAAAUUAGUAUCAAGGAGUCUCUCGAUGCUCUCCAAGUUUCUACGAUAGAGACGAUGUACCUACACAUACCAGAUCGACAAACACCAUUCGAGGAGACACUAAAGGUCUUGAACCAAGGAGUGCAGCGAGGAAAGUUCUCGCGAUACGGUAUCUCCAACCAUACAGCAGCAGAGGUACAGGACAUCAUUGAUAUAUGCGAGCGAAAUGGAUAUGCCAAACCGGCGGUCUUCCAGGGCCAUUACAAUGCAAUUGUGAGAGGGGGUGAGAAGGAGUUGUUUCCACUUUUGCGCAAACACAACAUCCCUUUCUAUGCUUAUAGUCCUGCAGCCGGAGGCAUCUUCUCUGGAGGUAUCUCGAACCCCAACUCAAAACGAUGGAGUGACGAUAACAUAGUCGGAAAGUUGUAUAAUUCCCUCUACGGAGAUGCUACUGUAGUGGAAUCUGUCCAUCUCGUCAAAGACGCAACCAAGAAGUAUGAUAUAAGUGGACAUGCGGCGGCUAUACGCUGGACAGCCUUCCAUAGCGCGUUGGACGGGAAAUUUGGUGAUGGGUUGAUCUUCGCGGUUUCCAAGCUGGACCAGCUCCACGAGACCAUUGAUGCUUUGGAAGCAGGCCCCCUACCAGUGGAUCUUGCUCAAGUCAUCAGCGCUGUCUAUGCCACUGUUGAAGGUAAGGAGCCGCCGUAUCAUCUCUAA